AUGGGUUUCAGCAAGAGGUCGGGACUGGCGGUUGCCAUCCUGCUCGUCCAAGGAAGUUUUGUUUCAACACAAACUAUCGUCACCGUGACAGAGACCACUGGUAUCUCCACAAGCUCCUCGAGCUCUUCGACUUUCACGAGCUCUUCCGUCAGCUCCACCUCUUCUGAUCUCACGACUUCGUCCUCUAUUCUUUCGACUCCCUCUGGCUCCACGACUUCCUCCGACCCCGUGACCUCGUCGGAGAGCCUCACGACUUCUUCUUCUGUCCUUACGACCCCAUCUGGCUCAACGACUUCCUCCGAUUCCGCAACCUCAUCGACGAGCGUCGAGACAUCUUCCUCUAUCCUUACAAUUCUUUCUAGCUCAUCAACCUCCUCCGACCCCGUGACCUCGUUAAGCCUCACAACCUCCACUAUCCUCACGACCCCCUCCGGCUCGACAACCUCCUCCGACCCCGUAACCUCGUCGAGCCUCACGACUUCUUCUUCUGUCCCUACGACGUCCUCAAACCCUACAACCUCGUCGAGCCUCGCAACAUCCUCCCCUGUCCCUACUACUCCGUCUAGCUCGACGACUUCUUCUGACCCCGUAACCUCUUCCAGCCCCACGACUUCUUCAUCUGUUCUGACGAGCUCGUCUAACCCCACAACCUCGUCGAGCCUUACGACUUCUUCCUCUGUCCUCACUACUUCCUCCAGCCCAGCAACCACUUCUAGCCUCACGUCUUCUUCGUCUCUUCUGACGAGCUCCUCUAGCUCUACGGAUCCCUCUGUACCCACAACCUCUUCCUCUGUCCCCACGACUUCUUCCGCUCCUACGACCUCCUCUGUUCCUACCAGUUCUUCUGCCCUCACAACCUCUUCUGUAAUUUCUACGACAACCGUUGGUAUCACAACAUCGUCUGCUCCGACGACGUCCUCGGUUCUGACCACCUCGUCUGAUCCCGCCACGACGUCGUCCGCGGCUACAACAUCGCCUGCUCCUACGUCGUCUGCUCCCACGUCGUCUGCUGCCCCUACGACUUCGUCUGCUGCCCCUACGACUUCGUCUACUGCUACGACAUCAUCUGCUGCUACGACAUCAUCUGCUCUUUCAACAUCAUCAGUCCCUACGACCUCGCCAGUCCCCACGACAUCAUCUGUUCCUACUACUUCAAGUGAUCCUACUUCUUCAUCUGUUCCUACAACCUCAUCUAAUCCCACAACAUUAUCUAUCCCCACAACUUCAUCUGUUCCCACGACUUCAUCAGUCCCUACGACUUCAUCAGUCCCUACGACUUCAUCUGUUCUUACGACAAGUACCUCUACGACAUCAUCCGUCCUUACAUCUUCUAUUCCUACGACCUCUUCCGGUCCCACAACAUCAUCUGUUCUCACAACAUCGUCUGUCCUUACAUCUUCUAUUCCUACGACCUCCUCUGGUCCUACGACUUCCGGUCUCACGACCUCUUCUGGUCCUACUUCUUCAUCUACUCUCACUACUUCGUCUAGCAUCACAACCACAACCCCGGCUGGCUCCGUUUCAACUGUCCAGGGCGAAUAUGGAUGCUACACCGACUUCGGCCCGAGGUCAGUCGCCAAUGUAGAGACAUUCUCCAGAAUCUAUUCCAUCACCACGCCCGUCACCUACUACAACUACGUCACCCCAUCCAAGGUGACAGUAACUAUCACUCCUACCGGGGUGUCCCCUACCGGCCAGACAGGUCCCGCUACCAUCACGAGCACCCUGACUCUCACAACUAUCACCAGCAUCACUGCAGGCACCUUCGCCACUGUGCCAGCACCAGCAGGAUUCACACCUCUCGCAUCUGCCCUCGUCCGUGACAGUGCCCAGAAUGUUGGCGGUGAUUCUUCUCACGUCGAAGAGCGUUCUGUAAGGCAGCCUCUGGUGCUUGGCCUUAACGCCAACAAUGCUGCCCUUGUCGCCGACCCUCCCCUAUUCCCUCAGGUUGUCCACUGCGAGCGCGUCAUUCGCAUCUACACCACUACCACGGUGGACAACACCAUCACUGGCGUCUUCACGACGUUCGUCACCGCACCGACGCCUAGCCAGAGUGUCCCAUCCGUCCCUGCGCAGGUCACCACAACCACCACCACGUACGCUACGUCGACCGUCACUGUUGCAUCGAUGCCGACUGCGACGCUUUACGCAGCUUGCCAGUCCGAUAACCUGGUCUCGCACGUUCCUGGCAGACGCCCCAUCGUUCAAGCGGCCAACGAUUACAGCAUCACCCGUGAGAGACGCCACGCCGACUCGGCCUACGCCUGCUGCGUCUCGUGCCAGCUGGAGAACGGCUGCACGGGUAGCUUGUACUACCGCGGCGCAUGCUUUACCUUCAGGCCUUCCACCGACACCCGCGGCAACCCUGGCGAUCUUCGCUACGGCCGCAGGGCCAACUUUGAUGGCGCUUUCGUUGCCAGCAAUGGCAAGUGUGGCUCUUGGAGGCUCUCUCAGACCCCUCCGACUACGGAGUGGGAAAACGAGCCUUUCGUUCGAAAGUGA